AUGGCUCGCCCAUUUCAAGUUCCCUACGAACCGGAGUAUGAGACUCUUUCAUCUCCCAGUACCACUACUCCAGUGGCACCACAAGCCCGCGGCGGAACUCCUAUUUCGUUUAAAACCAACGUUAACCGCGCAAAGACCAAGCGUUGGGUCGAGGCGAAGAAAUAUUCGUACGACGGGAAUGACUGGGGUGACGAUGAGUACGAGGAAUACGAGGAUGAGCCGCCACCGAUGCCCCAGCCGGCAAGCUUCAGCCAGAGCACCAACGACCUAUCCAGAGUAGCUCCUCGGGAUCCGUUGAGACCCCCGCUACCCAGCAUGGAUCGAUCACGCUCAAUGGACCAGGUGGCAACACUCGGUGUAGGACCUGCUGGAAGUCGCAGUCGGUCGGCGGACCGCAAUGCUGUUGAGGGCACUGCGGGCAGUGCUCCCUCGAACAAGUCUCUGCCUUUCGUGCGACCUGCCGACAUCUACAAACGCAUGCAAGAGAGACGUCAACAAUCGCCAGAUACCCCUCGGAAUGACAGUCCCUCCGGUCUUGGCCGUUCCCACACUGAACCUAUCUCUACAUCUCAGCCGCCUGCAACCGCGGAUCACGAACUUCAACUAGGUCCGGGAUCUUAUUCGCCGAACGAUGUCGGUCACGGCAAGGUUGAUGACCCAAGUGCCACUCCAAGAACCGCGCCUGGUGCUGCAAGCCUUGAGCUGCCCGAUGUCAGGGGAAUCUCUGGCUUCGAUGCUGACUUUUUGGCUUCGGAUUCAAGCGUGCAGAAAGAGCAGAGUUCUGAUUCUCAACAAACCCAUCAACUGCAGCACAACCCGUCGCUCGGGUUCCGUUCAGUUGUACACCAAGCAUUCGACGUCCCCGAUACUCCAAGCACAACUGUUGACAGCGUUGCACGAUCCAAUAGUGACAGCACGUCGGUCAUCAGUCCCAUCAUUGGUACUCGCGGCCCGAACGAAGAAAAGACUCCGACAAUCGUGGAGGAGCCUGGUGAAAUCUCCACACCGAAAGAUACCAACGAUCAGGCCAUGGUAUUUAAGCCUGGUCAUCGUCGAGAUCUGAGCCUUCCCAGCCCGGGUAACAGCCCUUCGAGGAAACCGAUAAUCAGUAACAGCGCCGAGGCAACUCCUCCCUCCGUGCUGGCAGAGAUGUCGUCGGAGACGCCUGCAGGCUCCCCGCGAGACAGUUCCUCUUCGUUUCAACAGCCGCUGCCACAUAGAGCCUCUGUGCUACUGCCUCAAACUGGUUCCGACAGGGACCUACCAGCGCCCCUCAACUUUGGCGCCAACCCAGCUGCCGAUUCCCCCAUCAAAAGCCAUGAAGAAAUUCCAGUGAUUAUACCUUCAAACAGCGCAGAAACUUCCCCACAGGACACCGAGAGCGAUCGGUUGAGAAAGGAGAUAAUUCGCUCCUUGAGCCGGGAAACCACGCCCUCGGCGGAAACAGAGCAGCAAACCCCUAACAGGCCGCAGACUGCUCGACAAGACACAGAGACUAGUCGGCCAGACAGUCUAAUACCCAGUGAAUACGAAAAAUACUGGAGCGAGCAAGUCGAAUCAAGCCCUCAGGAUCUAAAACCGCCAGCCCCUGUCUACGGUGCUUCUCAGAAUGCCUCGCAGCAGGAUCUGUACACCAGUUCGCCUAUGAGUGCUCCGGGGCCCACUGCUCCUGCUCAGCCUACUUCAGAACCUAAGUUGAAACGACGGUUCUCGUGGGAAUCAUCGUCAGAGGAGGAGGUACCUCCAGUGGACUUGCAGGCGGCUUCACCGUCGGCUAUCCCGAUUCCAGGACAAUUCCCUGUGGCCAACGAUGCGACCGAGCUAGCGCCAGAGACUGCCCCCAACGAGUCGGAGAUGGCAACGGAUAGAGGUCGCGAAGCUGACGUUCAACAGACGCCUGAGAAGCCUAAACUCACCCUAGUGACUCCUGCUGCCAUGGAAAAUGGCAGCGACUCGAAUGAAAGCUACCUGCCUGAAGUGGUCAAUCGUCAAAGUUUAGAGGAGCGAUCCCCAUUGCCCGAGCCCAAGAUGCCGCCCACGGUUGAGCCGACAUUGUUGGGCUUCCGGGACAUUAUGGGGAUACAAUCCUCCGAUGAGCGAGUGCGAGCUUUCGACCGUACACGGGACCAGUUCGCGACAAUCGAUACUGGUUUGAAGAAUUGGUUACAGGUGGUGAUUCGUGCCCAUCCGGAGCACAUGGAUGUUGUGGAGCAGAGCAUGAAGGCCGCCUCUGUCGAGCCUAAAGCGGUCGUAUCCAAAGGGAAAUUCCCGAAGCUGUCGUCUCUUGGACACUUCACCUCAUCGAACCAAGAUGGCCCUCCGUCUGGACCGGGCCACGCACGGCGCCCAUCUGCGCCGCUUGGUUCGAUCAUGAAUAAACAACAGGUUGAGCAACGCGGAAAGGACCUGUUACAUACAGCGGGAGCCCUGGGCGGCCGAGCAGGCGAGGCUGCCAAGGGUCUCUUCGCCAAGGGCAGAAACAAGCUGAAAAGAGGAGAGUCAGAAAAGGUAGAUGCUUAA